AUAUCGAAUUGGCAGUUUGUCAAACGUAUUGAUUGUUAUUUUACAACAAUUCCCAAAAAGUCUAAAAAUGGCAACUAACUCAACUAAAAAAGAUUCUUAUAAGGAGCAAAUGUUACAAAAUGCUCUGCUAAUGACUGAAGUUGGAAUGGAUUUAAAAGACAGAUAUGUUUCUGGCGACAGGUACGUUUCUCAUUUGAAAACAAUCAUCAGUGGAGCGGAAAAAGCAAUAGCAACUCUUCAUUCCAUUGCAAAAGCUUCCCUUGACCAAGCUCAGAAAGUGAUUUCAUCAUUGAGUGAGAAUGAAUUAUUGAAAGAAGAGUGUGAUAGAGUAUUAACAAUAAUCGAAAAGCAGUUGGCAGAUCUGGAAUUCAAAAAUUUGGAUACAAAUUGCGAAAAUUUCGACUUGCCGCAGUUGAGUGAAAAAAUUCGCUCCCUUGAAAGUAGGCAAAAAUUCUCUGAAAACUGUCUAACUCCCAAUACCGCCAGCAGUAAGAACGUUAAAGCUGACGUGAACGAGAAAUAUCCUGAAAAUUUAUCCAGAGAAUCACUUAUCGAUCUCAAUGCUGUAGUCAACCUUCCCCCUGUUCCUGAAGACAUAUUUACAAGCUUUUCCUCCAAGCCCACAAGAUCUUCUAGUUUGUCAUCACUGAAAAGUAUGAGAAAAAUCAAAAUGUUUUUGCAAAGGGCGGAGAGUUCAGAUGAAGAUGAUAGUUCUGAUGCUGAUGAUCAAGACUGUUCUAAAUUAGUAUGUGGAGACAGUCUUGACGGAAAGUCACCACAUUCUCACAGCCCUAUCAGUAAAAACAUACUAGGUAACAUCAAAGAAGAAACACAAGAUUGACAAAAAUAUUUAUUCUGAUUAAAAAACUGGAGUUUACAACAUAAUCGAUGCAAUAAAGUAUUGAAAAAAAAAA